GAGUGAAGGAAGGGUGCCGCCAUCAUCCUCGCAGGGCUGGCGAGGUUGGGCCGCGAAUAGUGGUACGUAGCGAUGCGAGUGCGAGACGAGAUGGAACGGUGAGGCGCAGGGCAUCCGGCUGACUAUAUGCUGCCCUGCCCUGCGCCUCCCCUAUGCACUGCACUGCACUGCGCAGCUUGGUCCAUCGUUGUAGGAGAUAAGCGUUGAGCUGAUGAUGCCCAGCUUCCUCACACUACACCGCCUUCUUCCAGCCAGUCUAGCUGGCACAGCGCCCUUACUUGCCGCCCUCUACUCGCACUUCGAGGGCACGGCGACAGGCCCUCGAAGAAACGGGCAUGGCCGCUCCUCAUCACCGCGGAGAUGGCGUCGAUCCAGCACUAGCAGCAGCAGCAGCAGCAGCUCGGCAAGGGAUGACCAUGAUCAAAACAGCAUCGUCACCUCCCUCCUCGAGUCCCUGGGCGUAUCUCCCGCCCUCAGCAGGUCCAUACUGGAGGCGUUGCCCAAUGGAGAGGACUCCCGACGAAGUUCAAUGGGCGAGGCGGAACAGUGGAUGCAGAGGAUAGCCGCUGAGCUCGGCGGCGGUGAUGCGAUUGGCGGGCCUGGCACAGCGAGAGGAGUAGGGGGGAGCGGGCCGGCUUACAACACGAGAUCGAGAUCACGGCGUGGCGGCCUGGGUAGGGGAACGAGCCGUAGGAGGGGGAGCGAGGAGCAGCAGGGGGAGGAAGAGGAGAGCCUGGCGAGCCAAAUGAUACGAACGAUACUGGGACGAAUGGGCGCGUAGCAAUCAUGAAAGCCUUGAGCGCCAAAUCAGACCAGGCUUGGCUUCUUGCUUUGUGUCUUCACUUCACACUCGUCUCCUC